AUGGAAGUCCCACGCGAAGCGAACGAAGCAGAGCGCUCGCCCCCUUUAACUCAAGCAUCCCCGUGUGCAUCGUCAUGGAGGCGGCUUCAGCAGUGGUGGAGCGAAAUUCAAGUUGGCCACCAGGGAUCCUACUCCAUCGAGCGUCUCGAACUUCUACAAGAAUAUUGCAAAAACACGCCGACCACGAGAGCAAUGACGGUGUGUCUUCUUACUCCAGUUCCUACACUGGUAAUAGCGGUGUUACUCGAGCUGCCACUGCGCGCCCCGUCGGAUGGGUGGAGCGCCAACUGGAUGUACUGGAUUCGAUCCGGCCUGACGGGACUCAUUAUAGUCGGGGUCGGAUCUUGGCAAAUGAAUCUCUUCGUUCCAGGUCAUAAUUACUCCAUUUAUCAGCAGUUCGGCACAGCCUUGCUGGUGUGCGCUGCCCAAAUGGCGACAUACAUUGUGGAAGCAGUGCUUGUGGGGUUCCCCUUUGCGUUUUUUUCGAUGGGCAUUUACAUUCCUGUGUUUUCAAGGCUCAUUUACGGCCCAGCGCUGUUUACCAAGGGUUCAAUUCUUCAGCAACGCUUCGAGGACUUCCAGAAGACCGUGCUCAUGAACUUGAUAGUGACUGGAGUAUUCCCUUUCUGCCGAGGCUUGUACGAUCUGCUGCAUCCGGGAUAUCGCGGCGCAGUAAUUAUCGUGCUGCCGAUCUGGGAAUUUGGAGUAAAAUUGUUCGCCGUGUGCAUGUGUCGCCAGGUGGAGGACUUCAUGCCCGAGCUCGUGGCGUUCUCGGUCGAUUUCUUCGGGUCGCUGUUUAGCUCGGUCUGCAUGUCGACCUCGGGGUCCUUUUACCUGACCGCUCUAUACGUAGGGAUCGAUCUGGUGCACUUACUCGAGAAGUUUCACGAGAUUUCAGCACAGGAGAAGAGUAUCAAAAUGCUUCGAGGCCGCAACCGCACUGAGAAAUCUGAAAGCAAGCCCAAACACUCCAAGAGCUGA